AUGAAACACCUCCUGCUCCUCCUCGUGCUCUGCCUCUCCCUGGCCAGUGGCUUGAAAAGGACCUCUGUGCCCAGGGUGCCCCUGACCAGGCAUCGCUCCCUGCGGAAGCUGCUGCGGGACCGUGGGCAACUCUCCCACUUCUGGAAAGCUCAUGGGCUGGACACUGAGGACUGCUCUGCCUUCCUGGAGACCAGUGAGCCCCUCAUCAACUACCUGGAUAUGGAGUAUUUUGGGCAGAUCUCCAUUGGAACUCCACCCCAGAACUUCACUGUGGUGUUCGACACAGGCUCCUCCAACCUCUGGGUACCUUCUGUCUACUGUGUCAGCAAAGCCUGCGCUGGACAUGCCAAGUUCCAGCCAGCACAGUCCAGCACCUACCAGCCCAUUGGGACUCCCUUCUCCAUCCAGUAUGGCACUGGGAGCCUCACAGGAGUCAUCGGAUCCGACCAAGUAGUUAUCGAGGGCAUCACUGUGAGCAACCAGCAGUUUGCAGAGAGUGUCAGUGAGCCAGGAAAAGCCUUCGUGGACGCCGGGUUCGAUGGGAUCCUGGGCCUGGCUUACCCCUCGCUGGCUGUGGAUGGAGUCACUCCUGUCUUUGACAACAUGAUGGCACAAAACCUGGUGGAGCUGCCUGUGUUCUCUGUCUACAUGAGCACGAACCCUGAAUCCUCCCUGGGAGGAGAGCUGCUCUUUGGGGGCUUUGACACCUCCCACUUCACAGGGACCCUGAACUGGGUACCAGUGACCCAGCAAGGCUACUGGCAGAUCCAGGUGGACAACAUCCAGCUGGGUGGGACAGUGGCUUUCUGCACCAACGGCUGCCAGGCCAUCGUGGACACUGGGACGUCGCUCAUCACAGGUCCCACCAAGGACAUCAAAAAACUGCAAAACUAUAUAGGUGCAGUGUCUGUGGAUGGAGAGGAUGUCGUGGAGUGCAGCAACCUCAGUGAGAUGCCUGACUUGACCUUCACCAUCAACGGGCUGCCCUACACGCUCAACGCUCAGGCUUACACCCUCAUGGAGUAUGCUGAUGGCAUGGCCUUCUGCCUCAGUGGCUUCCAAGGGAAUGACAUCCCCCCUCCAACUGGACCCCUCUGGAUUUUGGGAGACGUUUUUAUCCGUCAGUUCUACUCUGUCUUUGACCGUGGGAACAACAGGGUGGGCUUGGCCCCUGCUGUUCCCUAG